AUGACUCUUCUCCAUGUCACAGCUCAGCACUCACAUCACUGCUCCAUCAUUAUUCACAGGAACCAACCUGGACCUCCACCCAGCUCUGUGUCCAAUGAAAGUAACUCAGUCAAAGAUGUCAUUAAGAAAUUUGAGCAAAGGCAGUCAGCUGAGAAAAGGAUCCAUCAGAGACUCAAACCUGGACCUCCACCCAGCUCUGUGUCCUUACACAGUGACGCGUCUAAAGAUGCUGGUGUUUUCUUUAAAUCAGGCGUGUGUCGUCCUGCAGAGAGUAUUCUGUUCCAGCUGCUGGAGGACAACAUCAUCACUUUUGUGAAGAACGAGCUAAAGAAGAUCCAGAAGGCUCUGAAUCCAAAUAAGCCCCAGUGCUUGGAGUUUCAGAGGGAGGAUGAUGAGCAGAGGAGCAGCAGAGAGGCAUUUGUGAAGAUCACAGUGAACUUCCUGAGGAGAAUGAAGCAGGAGGAGCUGGCUGACCGUCUGCAGAGCAAACUUCCUGCUGCAGUUUGUCAUCGUAACCUUAAAUCUGCUCUGAAGAAGAAGUUCCAGUGUGUGUUUGAGGGCAUCGCUAAAGCAGGAAACCCAACCCUUCUGAAUCAGAUCUACACAGAGCUCUACAUCACAGAGGGAGGGACUGCAGAGGUCAAUGAUGAACAUGAGGUCAGACAGAUUGAAACAGCAUCCAAGAAACCAGACAGACCAGAAACAACAAUCAGACAAGAAGACAUCUUUAAAGCCUCACCUGGAAGAGAUGAACCAAUCAGAACAGUGCUGACAAAGGGAGUGGCUGGCAUUGGGAAAACAGUCUUAACACAGAAAUACACCCUGGACUGGGCUGAAGACAAAGCCAACCAGGACAUCCAGUUCAUAUUUCCAUUCACUUUCAGAGAGCUGAAUGUGCUGAAAGAGGAAAAGUUCAGCUUGGUGGAACUUGUUCAUCACUUCUUUACUGAAACCAAAGAAGCAGGAAUCUGAAGCUUCCAGGUUGUGUUCAUCUUUGAUGGUCUGGAUGAGUGUCGACUUCCUCUGGACUUCCACAAAACUACAAUCCUGACUGACCCUAGAAAGUCCACCUCAGUGGAUGUGCUGCUGAUAAACCUCAUCAGGGGGAAACUGCUUCCCUCUGCUCGCCUCUGGAUAACCACACGACCUGCAGCAGCCAAUCAGAUCCCUCCUGACUGUGUUGGCAUGGUGACAGAGGUCAGAGGGUUCACUGACCCACAGAAGGAGGAGUACUUCAGGAAGAGAUUCAGAGAUGAGGAGCAGGCCAGCAGGAUCAUCUCCCACAUCACGACAUCACGAAGCCUCCACAUCAUGUGCCACAUCCCAGUCUUCUGCUGGAUCACUGCUACAGUUCUGGAGGAUGUGCUGGAAACCAGAGAGGACGGACAGCUGCCCAAGACCCUGACUGAGAUGUACAUCCACUUCCUGGUGGUUCAGGCCAAAGUGAAGAAGGUCAAGUAUGAUGGAGGAGCUGAGACAGAUCCACACUGGAGUCCAGAGAGCAGGAAGAUGAUUGAGUCUCUGGGAAAACUGGCUUUUGAUCAGCUGCAGAAAGGAAACCUGAUCUUCUAUGAAUCAGACCUGACAGAGUGUGGCAUCGAUAUCAGAGCAGCCUCAGUGUACUCAGGAGUGUUCACACAGAUCUUUAAAGAGGAGAGAGGACUGUACCAGGACAAGGUGUUCUGCUUCAUCCAUCUGAGUGUUCAGGAGUUUCUGGCUGCUCUUCAUGUCCAUCUGACCUUCAUCAACUCUGGACUCAAUCUGCUGGAAGAAACAACCUCCAAGCGGUCUAGUUCUUUUAGACCAAAAGAGUCUCUCCACCAGAGUGCUGUGAACAAGGCCUUACAGAGUCCAAAUGGACACCUGGACUUGUUCCUCCGCUUCCUCCUGGGUCUUUCACUGCAGACCAAUCAGAGUCUCCUACGAGGUCUGCUGACACAGACAGGAAAUGGCUCACAGACCAAUCAGAAAACAGUCCAGUACAUCAAGGAGAAGCUCAGUGAGAAUCUGUCUGCAGAGAAAAGCAUCAAUCUGUUCCACUGUCUGAAUGAACUGAAUGAUCGUUCUCUAGUGGAGGAGAUCCAACAGUCCCUGAGAUCAGGACGUCUCUCCACAGAUGAACUGUCUCCUGCUCAGUGGUCAGCUCUGGUCUUCAUCUUACUGUCAUCAGAAAAAGAUCUGGAUGUGUUUGACCUGAAGAAAUACUCUGCUUCAGAGGAGGCUCUUCUGAGGCUGCUGCCAGUGGUCAAAGCCUCCAACAAAGCUCUGUGA